AUGUCAUCAAAACCAAUAUUGUUAAAGGAGAAACCAUUUUGCGACAUGGAAGGCAUCAAUAUACAAAUUGAACCGUGUAAGACUUAUUUUAGUGAUGGAUGUGUAGAAACGGCAGGAACUGAUGAAACGGAUUUACUGAGAGGAGAAUCAAAAACUAAUUCAAUUGAAUCUACUAAUAAUUGGCCGUCAUGGUUGUUUAAACAAUCAGCAGCAAUUGGUUAUGGCGCAUUGAAUACAGUUGAUUAUCUUGGUGAAUCUUUGGCUAAUUUUUUUGGUAUCACUACGCCUAAAUAUCAGUUUGAAAUAAACUAUCAUAACAACAUAAUGCAAGAAAUGAAUGCAGAAAAAAUUGUCAAUGAAGAAAAUAUGAAAGGAUGGACACAACAACCUCCAAAAUGUAUUAUAACAGCAGAACCGUGUUGA